AUGGCGUCAAUAUCGGACGCGUUGAGCGAGAUCGCGCUUCAACCGCCUUCGGAUCCUGAUGCGCAGGCUACUGUCACUGACUUUUUGGAUUACACCGAAUACCUCCCUUCGGACCUGAUUCGAUCCUUGACUUUGAUUCGAAAACUCGACGACUCAUAUCUCUCUUCGACUGCUGAGGUCCACUCUCUCACCAAGGUCUAUGGAUCACUUCUCGAUACUCCCUCCGACACGCGCCCAGAUCCGCAGACCCUACGGACAUCAAUCUCACAGAACCUAAAUCAUGCGGUAAAUGCUCGCGAAUCGGCCUACGCAGAGUCGUCGAGAUUGUACGAUGUUGUUGAUCGGCACUACAAUCGUCUCACCAGCAUUAUCGCCAAACUGCAUUCGCUCCCCAAGCCACCAUCACGGGAUCCCACACCGGUUCCACAGCCAGUUUCCCCUCGGACCCAACGUUUGCGGGCUGGACCCGGGCGCAAGGCAGAUGGCGAAGCUACUCCGCCACCACGCAUUACACUACGACUGGAUGGUGCCAGGGUAACCGGAUCAAGCCGGCCUCCAGGAUCUGCAGGACGGCAAAAACAAAAGCAUAAAAAGGUCACAGUUCCAGGCGAAGUACUUCCUCCAAGGAAUCCAAACUCGCCGCCAUCAAGUACGGAUUCGGAAUGGGAAUCCGAACCCCCUUCCCCGGUUCCAAUUGCUACUUCUCGUGUAGGAGCCACUCCACUGCGGACCAACAAACCAGGAAAACCAUCACUGCGCGUUAAACUUUCCAAGCCACAAAAGCUUCCAAAGAUCAAACCGCCAAAGACUCCUCGGCCUCCUAGACCUCCCGGAAUGAUGGGUACAAAUGUUCACUCCAGCGUAGCAGGAAUAUCGUCAAGCAACGCACUGGCCUUACUCAAGCCUCCUCCGGAGAACGCCAUUCCUGGCAGCACCGACGCGCCGUGGAUGCGUCUGACCCCUUGGGAAAUGGCCAAACUUCGCAAGCGUAUGAAGAAGAACGCGAUCUGGUCACCCAGCGAGACAAUGAUUCGUCGAGAGCUGGCUGAGCGCGGCCGUGGACCUGAGAAUAGGCGUCUCGCCCAAGAGAGGGCUGCAGCCACUGGCGAGCCAUUCGUCGAUGAGUUGCUGGAUGAAGAAGUGACUGGCGAAGACGGUCACCGGGUGCUUGCGCCUGGUGAAAUCAGCGCAGGAGUCGGGGCUACCGACCUGCAACUCAGCAAUAGAGGCAUGAAACUCAACGAAGCCAAGAAACUCAAGAAAGAAAUCCUGGCUCGGGAACAGGCCGCGCUUGCGGCAGCGGAAGCCGAACAGGCUGCUCAGAGGUUAGCAGAGGCCGGAAGCGCGUUUAAAGACCUCUUUAAACAACCAGCUGACAAAGCUAGUGGUAGUAGCAGAAUCAGUGCUGGUGGGGUUACUGGGAAAGGAAAGGAAAAGGGGGGUAUCAAGGGCAAGACUAUCAGUGUGGAUCACCUGGCCAAAGUGCCCAUUCUUCAACCUGAAAAUGGUGUCAUGGUCGGAGAGGAAGACGAAGAAGAAGAAGAAGAAGAAGAAGAGGAAGAGGAAGACGAGGAGGGAGAAGAAGCGGAAGUAGAUGAACUGGCAGCCGAGGACGAGGUCAAAAAGUUCGAAGAUGUUGCAAAAGCUGCUGCUGCUGAUGAGGGCACGGUUUCUGUUUCCGUACCAGAUGAAACUGUCAAGGUACUACGAAAGAGAAAACGGCCUGGCAGCCCGGAAAUUAUCCUGGAAAGUGCAUCACCAGCUGUAGCCACCGCCGCUGCUUCCAGCACCACUGCAUCUCCCACAGUUGUUGCUGCCGCCGCAGAGGUUAUUAGCCCCAAGCGACUACGAAGCAACGCUCCAGCACCCAUCUCCACCACAACCAUAACCGUUCCUCUGACCACCCGCCCCUCCUCAUCCCGAGCAUCAACUUCCGCGCUCUCUUCCCCCACAGAUAUCAGGAAAAUCACCGCAGCCUCGUCCAAGCCGCGCCGCACAUCAGUCGCACCUCGCGCUGGAUCCGCCGAAGCAGCCAUGGCCCCCUCCCGCUCGCGAUCCACAGCACACACAUCUGCCGAACCCCCGGCUACCCGCGAACACCUCCGACGCGGCAGCAACGCGAGCCUCCCAACGCCCUCGGCAGAUGGCGCGGCCCCCAGUACCCGCCCCGCCACGCGCCGCAGCAAACGACCCGCUCCUGGCCCCGUGACGUCCAGCGCAGAAGGCGGAACCGCAGUCAGUGUCGGCAAACGUAAAGCCGCGCCGAAGAAGAAAGCUGCUGCUGCUGCCGAGGCAAAGAAGAAGGGCGGUGCUGGCGGUGCCGGCGCCGAGGAAAAGCCCGGCGAUGCCAUGGACUUUGCCGAAGAAAUUGAUCCCGAUGAGCCGAGAUAUUGUCUCUGCGGAGACGUCAGUUUUGGCACUAUGAUUUGCUGCGAGAAUAAUGAUUGCGAACGCGAGUGGUUCCACCUCGAAUGCGUCGGCCUCAACGAACCGCCCGGCCGCACAACGAAAUGGUAUUGCCCGGAUUGUCGCAAAAAGCUGGGUAUCGGCGAAAAGGGCCAGCCCAGCGCGAGUCGCAAGAAGAAGUAG